AUGGGUAGCGCCCUCUACGAGCGAUUUCAUCAAACGAUUAAAAUAAAGUCAGCAAUGAAUGCGUUAUUAGUCAAUAUUUUUGGAAUGAUUUUUGUUUAUCUAACUGUAAUAGCUACAGUUUAUUGUAUUGAUUUACAUGGUGAAACAUUGACCAAAGAGGAAUUGAUUGCACUCACUCGCGAUCAUUUAGGACGUCAAGAUCCUGAUGCUCUAUUGAAUGGAUUUUUUCCAGUUUGGGCAACUAUACAAUUCUGUUUGGCAUGUUUCUUCUUCGUCAUGGCCAUACUAAGCUUUACAUGUUAUAUCCUUGGUUGUCGUACACCACAGGAAGACCAAAUUAAACGAGCAAACUAA